GUUUCAAAUGAGCUCUAUCUCUGAAAGUUACGAAGAAGAUAGCAAACAGAGGGAAAUGCAGGACGGAUUGAAUAAAUCAAGGUCAAGGGGAGAAGGGAUAAAAAUUCACUUAUCUAAGUCAAGUUCUCACUCACACUCUGACUCCUCAGAGAAUUCAGACGAUGAUGGGUCGUAUUAUGAUUCUGACUCUGAAGAAGAUGGUUCUAAUAUUGAGGAGGAGUUUAAGCCAACAAUGAAGGAGAGGUAUCUUGAAGAAAAGAAGCGAAAGGGGAAAUAUAUUCUGAAGCAUAACUCUACUUUUAGGCUGAAUUGGGACUUGUUCAUUAUGCUCUUAGCUAUCUACAAUUGAGUAUCCAUCCCAUUCGAUACAGCCUUCCAGCCAGAGAUUGUGAUUUAUUAUGAAAUUUUUGAAAUCGGUAUCGAUAUCCUAUUCGCUGCUGAUGUUGCUAUUAAUUUUAGGACCAGUUUUGUACAUCCCAAGACAGGACUAGAAGUUGUUGAAGGCAAGCUAAUUGCCAGAAAUUAUGUCUUUUCAGGAAGAUUCUGGAUUGACUUGCUUGCUACUAUUCCUUUUGAAAGGCUAUAUUCAAUAUUCCAAGCAGGAGCAAGUCCAGGAACCCUUGAAUUAUUGGGAUUGUUGAAAUUGAUCAGGCUUUUAAGACUUGGAAGAGUCAUUCGGUAUAUGAAGUUCAAGACAGGAUUGAAAAUUGGCAUUAGAAUUGUGCAACUUCUGUUCUUCCUAUUACUCAUUGUACAUUGGAUUGGAUGUUUAUGGUAUAUAUUAGUCAGAGAUACAGACUCUUGGAUGCCACCUAAAGAUCUUGAUGCACAAGAGACAGACUUCUACCAAGACUCAACUUUGAAGAAAUACUCCACUGUUUUUUAUUAUGCUAUUCUUACAAUGGUGGGAAAUGAGAUUGCUCCACGGAAUAACUUGCAAACUAUCUUUGCUACUUUUGUUGUUAUUUCAGGAGCAUUAUUGAGUGCCUUUAUCUUCGGUAACAUUGCUGCUCUCAUGGCAACAAUGAACAGGAGAACAAAUUACUUUGACGAGAUAAUGGAUCUAUCAUCAGCAACAAUGAAGUCAAUUAGGCUGCCUUAUCCAAUGCAGGAAGAAGUAUAUUCCUAUCUACAUAAAAUCCAAGACACUCCUUAUCUACAACAAGAUAUUGACAGAUUCUUUGACAUUCUAAGCGAUCCUCUAAAGAAGCAGAUAAACGCUCAGAUCUACUUGCCAAUGUUGAAAAAGAUAUCAUUAUUAAAGCAUGCAGACUCGACUGAGUUUGCUUUCUUUCUAUCACACAUGCAUUUAUCACUCUUCUUGCCUAAUGAGAUCAUCCUCCGUGAGGAUAUGCAUGGAGAUGAAAUGUACUUCGUCAACAGCGGCAGUGUCGAAUGAUUCAUCACCCAUAAUGAUAACGGUAACAAGGAAACAGAGAAACUGAAGAUGCUGAGGAAAAAUGAAUAUUUUGGAGAAGUCUCACUAGUCACCUGCCUCAAGCGCUCGGCUUCAGUCAGAGCUAAUGAUUAUGUCUACUGAAUGAAGCUGUGCAGGAAGGACUAUAAUAUCCUUGAGAGCAAUUUCCCUCAUCUUGUGGAUGAGAUGAAGAAGAGAGUCAGGCAAUUCAAUGACUCAAAAAUGAGCUUCAGAAGACAAGCCAUGGCCAAUAUUCCUUGGCUGAGAUUUAUAGAUCCAGAAAUAGUCAAGCAAGUACUCGAGCAAGUUGAGAUUCAGAGAUAUAGCGAAGGUGGUAUAGUACUAAAGAAAGGCCAUAAAUCAGACUGCCUUUAUGUAGUCAUGGAAGGUAGAGUUGACAUUCUCAUCUCUGAUGGCUCAAAUGGAGAGGAGAGACAGUUAUUCGAUUGGUUAAAUAAGGGAUCCUGAUUUGGAGUAUUUACUUUCCUAGAUCCCAAUUCUAUCCAGAUGGUUACUUUCCAGGCAGCUUCUGAAUGAGUCAUUGCUACACUUUCUAAGCAGAAAGUUAUGGCUCUCGAGCAAAAAUUUUAUCAAAUUAGAGACUCAUUGAUGAAAGUAAGAGUAAGCUUGCUGGAAGGAACUGCAAAUGAGUUUGAUUUUUAUCGUUAUCUUCCAAAAAGAGAUAAAGAUCUCCCUGAUGAAAUCAGGAGUCAAAUUCGGAAGAAGUUCAGAGCAGUGUUUCAGCUAUUCGUUCAAAGGGUCAGGAAUAAUAGCUCAAAAGAGGUUGAAACUCUGAAGAAAAUUCAAGACAUGAUGACUCUGAGACAGUUCAAGAUCUAUGAGCUCAAUGAUUUCAAAAUUGAUGCAGAUAUUACAUCUGAUGACCAGGAUUUGAUCAAGAACACCUUGAUUCCUAUUGCUGACAUUAUCAAAACGAGGACUGAAAAUUUCCAGAGUUUUCAGAAGAACAACCAAAAAUUGUUUGUUGAUUACUUCAGGAAGAAGGCAAUUAAGUCUGGAGCUCAUAUGAAGCAGAAUGUCCCUGGAUUUGACAGAAAUCCUUCAUUCGUACACCAGCACUCGUAUUCUUCUCUACCAAUGGAGUCUGGUACAAGGAAAGCUGAAAGUAAGAAGCCUAAUAAGGAUGUGAUAAAUGCCAAGCUCAAGCUGGCUGAGACCCAUGAGAUCCCUUCAGAAUGGGAAAAUAAGGUAGAAAAGAUAACAAAUCUCCUUGAAUACCAAAAUGCCAAGAUCUGCAGAAUGAUAGAGGAAUUCAAGGAUGAGCAGGACGAAAUCGAGAAUGAGAUCAAAGAAGUUAUGGGGAAGGUAGAAUAACCCAUUACAACCCUGAUUCUUCACAAAAUAUAUAUG